AUGGUAAACCAAACAGGGUUUGUAUAUGCCAUACACAGCGUCCUCAAAUCACUGACUGAUCUUGCAAAAGUACUACAGAUCGCACAACAACCCUAUGGAUAUGACAAGGCGCGAGAAGAAGCCAUCGAAAUGGAAGUAGAGAGAAAAUACAACGAGGAAUUUUCCGAGGUGUUAGCUCUCUAUCCUGAUGCUACUUGUCUUGUACAUGGACCCGUUGCACUAGUGGUUCAAUAUAAGCCCAGAGGUGGCGGUUCCAGCUGA